AUAAGCAACAAGUCUUCACUUCACUGCUCUUAAUUGAGCCACCCCAUAAUCUUUGCCUAGUUUGAAGUGUGGCAACACCAUGGAUUCUCCUUUGUUGGGAGGAAAUGCUUUGAAACCCAAUAAGCACAAAUGGAAGAUCAUUCUCUGCUUCCUCCUUGUCUUCGUCACUGUCACGAUUGUUGGGCUAGCAGUUAGAAGCAGUAUAAAUUUUGGGGUACUACAAGGGGCAGAAAAACAUAAUGAGGGAAUCACAACCCAUGAGGGAGAUAUUAUUGAAUCAGAGGUAGGAGUUGUUGCAGCUGAUGAUGUUAGGUGUUCUGAAAUUGGUGCUUCAAUGCUUGGGAAGGGUGGGCAUGCAGUUGAUGCUGCAGUGGCCACUGCAUUAUGCAUUGGUGUUGUUUUCGCAGCAUCAAGUGGCAUUGGAGGUGGCGCUUUCAUGGUUGUCCGGCCUUCUUCAACCUCCCAAACUCAAGCUUUUGACAUGAGAGAAACCGCUCCUUUAGCUGCUUCACAGAAUAUGUAUGAGAACAAUCCCAAAGCUAAGACCUCAGGUGUCUUGUCAAUGGGAGUUCCUGGUGAGUUAGCUGGCCUUCAUGCAGCCUGGUUGAAGUAUGGACGAUUGCCAUGGAAGACCUUAUUCCAACCAGCCAUAGAGCUUGCUAAAAAUGGUUUUGUAGUGUCUCCUACUCUUGGAGAUUACAUAGCUAGAGAUGCAAAUAAGAUACUGAAUGAUCCUGGGUUAAAAGACAUUUAUGCACCUAAUGGAAUUUUGUUAAAAGGAGGGGAUAUAUGUAGGAAUGUGGAACUUGGUCGCAGCUUAGAUGUAGUGGCAGAGCAAGGGCCACUAGCUUUUUACAAUGGAACCAUUGGUGAAAAGUUAGUAAAGGAUGUCAGAGAAGCUGGUGGGAUUUUAACAAUGGAGGAUCUACGCAAUUACAAGGUGGAAAUAACAGAUGCAAUGACUGUGAAUGUGAUGGGAUACACCAUAUAUGGAAUGCCACCUCCUUCAUCUGGAACACUGGCUCUUUCUCUGGUUCUAAACAUCUUGAACGGUUAUGGAGGUCCUGAUGGUGCAAAGGGAAAUCUUGGUCUACAUAGACUAAUAGAAGCUCUGAAGCACAUGUAUGCUGUCAGGAUGAACUUGGGUGACCCCAACUUUGUAAACAUUAGUGGUACUGUAUCCGAUAUGCUUUCCCCAUCUUUUGCACAAGAUAUUCGGAAAAAGAUACUUGAUAACACUACUUUCCCUCCAGAAUACUAUAUGAACAAGUGGAGUCAACUUAGAGAUCACGGAACAAGCCAUUUGUGUAUUGUGGAUGCUGAUAGAAAUGCUGUAUCACUGACAACAACAGUGAACUUCGAUUUUGGAUCCGGGUUUCUUUCUACUUCUACUGGUAUUGUGAUCAACGACGAGAUGGAUGACUUCUCUACACCAACUGAUAUAUCCGUUGAUAAACUACCUCCAGCUCCAGCAAAUUUUAUUGAACCAAACAAAAGACCAUUAUCUUCCAUGACUCCUAUUAUCGUCACAAAGGAUGACCAAUUGGUCGGAGUAAUUGGAGCCAGUGGUGGAAUGAAUAUUAUACCAGCAGUGAUUCAAGUCUUUAUUAAUCAUUUCUUGUUGGGAAUGAAACCCUUGGAUGCAGUUGUCAGGCCAAGGAUCUAUCACAAGCUAAUACCAAAUGUAGUUAGGUAUGAGAACUUGACAGCACAUGAUGGUGAACACAUAGAGCUAUCAGAAGAAAGUAGGGUUUUCCUAAAAGAGAGAGGUCAUAAACUGAAAGGGACUCCAGCACUAGCUAUCACUCAGCUUAUUGUCCAAUCUCUCAAAAAACCAAUUAACAUGAAUAGCAAGACUGGGGAACACACCAAUUCACAUACAAAGCAUGGCACUCUAACAGCUGUAAGUGACCCUAGAAAGGGUGGAUGUCCAGCUGCAGUUUAAUUCUAUUGAUCAAUUCAGGUUGAAACAAUAAAAAACACGUUUCAAAAUUAAAAUGGGAAAAGUUCAUUAAUGCCCUUGAAGUUUAUUUUAGAAUCACUUAUGUUCCUAUGGUUUUUUUUUAUCACAUAUGUCCAUGUGGUUUGUAAAAAGGUAUUUUUUUAUCGGAUAUGCUCAUGUGGUUUUUUAUUUCUUACAAAUCUCAGGAGCAUAUGUGAUAAAAAAAAAAUCAUAGAGAUAUAGGUGAUUCUGAAGCAAAUCACAGGGGCAUUGGUGAAUUUUUUCCAAUUAAAUUUAAAAUAGAUUUUUGCCACGUUGCAUGAAGGACAAAAAAUGUUUUUGUGGACAAUAAAAUCCCUGUGGUAUUUGUAACUCUGUAAAAUUUAAAUACAAUGAUUGCCUCGAUAUCCUCACAUAUCGAUACUUUCUCUAUAUUAUUUGGUUUAUAUAUAUUAAGAUAGGAAAAAAGAAGAAUAAUAUUGUAGGAAAGUUGUUAGUUUAUGUUAUGAGAUAGGGAUUGUGGAAUUUACACUUGUUUUCAAAAAAUAAAAAAUCAAAACAAGUGUGGGUCUUACAAUUACAAUCUCUAUCUCUAUAACAUAACUUAAAAACUUUCCUACAACAUUAUAUUUCUAUUUCCCGUUAAAAUACAUA